GGCGGGCUUUGGGAAGAUGGCGGCGCCGGAGGUGCUGGAGUCAGACCUGCCAAAUGCCGUAGCACUUUUGAAAAACCUCCAGGAGCAGGUGAUGGCUGUCACUGCACAGGUGCAAGCUCUGACCAAAAAAGUUCAAGCUAAAGCCUAUCCUACAGAGAAGGGUCUCAGCCUUUUGGAAGUGAAAGAUCAGCUGUUGUUAAUGUACCUUAUGGAUCUGAGCCAUCUCAUUCUGGACAAAGCCUCAGGAGGGUCUCUUCAGGGACAUCCUGCAGUUUUGAGACUGGUGGAGAUUCGCACGGUUUUGGAAAAGCUUCGUCCUUUGGACCAAAAACUGAAGUAUCAAAUUGACAAACUGGUGAAGACGGCAGUGACAGGCAGCCUCAGUGAGAGUGACCCACUCCGUUUUAAGCCUCAUCCCAGCAAUAUGAUGAGCAAGUUGAGCUCUGAGGAUGAGGAGGAAGAUGAAGCAGAGGAAGGCCAGUCUGGGGCUUCAGGGAAGAAAUCUGGAAAAGGGACAGCUAAGAAGUAUGUUCCACCACGCUUGGUUCCAGUGCAUUACGAUGAAACAGAAGCUGAGCGGGAGAAGAAGCGCCUAGAACGAGCCAAGAGACGGGCAUUGAGCAGUUCUGUCAUUCGUGAACUAAAGGAGCAGUACUCAGAUGCUCCAGAGGAAAUCCGUGAUGCUCGGCAUCCUCAUGUUACUCGGCAGAGCCAGGAGGAUCAGCACAGGAUUAACUAUGAGGAGAGCAUGAUGGUGCGUUUAAGUGUCAGUAAGCGGGAGAAAGGACGGCGAAAACGAGCAAAUGUCAUGAGCUCACAAAUUCAUUCCCUCACGCACUUCAGUGACAUCAGUGCUUUGACAGGAGGAACCCCUCAUCUUGAUGAGGAUCAGAAUUCUACUAAGAAGCGGAAGAAGAUACCUAAGAAAGGUCAGAAGAAAAAAGGUUUUCGGAGGCGGCGGUGAUUAUGGGUGUACAUAUUUAAUUUAUUUUUUGUCAUCCUGGGAUACUUCUAAUUUCACUGUAUGUAGGUUUUUUCCUCGGAAUUAAUUAUUUGCUCUGGACAUGUGGAAAGAUCUUUAUUAAUAAAAUUGAUUUUACUUAUGAAUUGAA